ACUGAGUACUCAGUGCUCUUCUCUGCCAUGAAGCUGUGCUCUGGGAGGUUUCCUAGACUGGUGCUUACCAUUACAGUGCUAUUCCUAAUUAAACAGGCCAAAGGAUCUCUUGACACAGUAACAGUUAACUGGUAUUCUUAUAAAGAAGCAUGCUUGAAAAAACUGCAAUCAUCUAAGGUAAACACAGGAAUACAGUGCAAUGGGACAUUUGAUCAGUUUGUUUGCUGGCCUCACUCAUCUCCAGGAAAUGUCUCUGUUCCUUGCCCAUCUUAUUUACCAUGGCUAAAAAAUGGAAGUGAAGGAAAUGUAUACAGAGUCUGCUUGGACCAAGGAAUUUGGAAAACAUGUGAAAACUCCAGCCAGAUUUGGACUAACCGUUCAGAGUGCAUUAAGAAUCACAUGCAGUCAAAAAAUGAAAAACAUCCACUGUAUGUCACCCUCGGGCAUCUUUAUACUGUGGGAUAUUCUUUUUCUCUUGCUUCCCUUUCAUUAGCACUACUCAUACUGGUGUUGCUGAGGAAACUGCACUGCACAAGAAACUUCAUCCAUAUGAAUCUGUUUGCUUCAUUCAUCCUGCGUGCUGCAGUGGUUCUCAUAAGGGACAGUAUAACACACAAUACUUACGUCUUUGUUUAUUUUGCCUCUGAAAAGCCAAGUGAUGAACAUGGAUGGCUUUCCUUCUUAAAUGCGGAGAAAUUAACUGUUUGCAGAGUGGUCCAGCUUUUCGCACAUUACUUCAUUGGGGCAAACUUUUUCUGGCUUUUAGUAGAAGGAAUCUACCUCUAUAGGUUAUUGGUAGCCACUGUGCUCUCUGAGAAACACCUGCUGCAGAUAUGUAUGUUCAUUGGAUGGGGUGUUCCAAUUGUGUUUGUAGUCUCCUGGGGAAUAAUAAAACACCAAUUGGAGCAUGAAGGAUGCUGGGCAACAAAUCGGAACAUGACAUUCUGGUGGAUCAUUCGUGGACCCAUAUUUUUUUCUAUUGCUGUUAACUUCUGUAUCUUCUUAAAAAUUCUAAAGCUGCUGCUUUCGAAACUUAAAGCCCAGCAAAUGAAUUUCCAUGAUUACAAAUUCAGGCUGGCAAGAUCAACUCUGGUGUUAAUACCAUUACUUGGGAUUCAUGAGAUUGUCUUUUUCUUCAUAAUUGAUGAACAAGUCAAAGGGCUUUCCAGGCAAAUAAAACUCUUCGUACAUCUGACGAUGAGUUCUUUUCAUGGAUUUCUCGUAGCACUUUUGUACUGUUUUUCUAAUGGGGAGGUGAAAGCUGAACUGCAUAAGCAAUGGUCUCGUUUCCUGCUGGCAUACCCCUUUGUUUGUCUGCCAUGGGAGAAGAUCAAGCUGCUGGGAAGGUGUCCAAAGAAAUCCAAGAAGCAGCACUCCUUGGAAAUCUCUCCGCCUCAGAGCAUGCAGGUGACAAAGCAGAGAACGUGCUGCAGUGUGGAGCUCAGCCCCACAUGGAGAUCCAAGGCCAGAACAAACAGCUCUGACAGCAGUGAAGGAGAAGUCACAGUUGGUGAGACCACUGAAGAGCUCUUUGAAGAAAGUGAGAUUUGGAAGCAUGGGGCAACUGAAAACAGAGACUGAAUAAUGAAUGUGACAGGGACCAGAUCUCAUAGAGUGCCUGAAAGCUACUGGAAUCAACAAUCCAGUGAAAGGCAAGGACACAAACAAUUUACUCUCAUUUACCUUCCAAAUAAUUUUGUCUAAGGCAAAUGUGAGCAGAGCCUGCAAAUGGAAGUGGAAAAGAAACGGUCCCACUUGGGUCCUUCAGAAGCCAAAAAGCUAGAUGUGAAAUUAUGAAAAAAGGAACAGAUUGAUCACCUCCCCUAAAGUAUCCUGCCUUCUCCUGUGGUACCUCUGGUAUGUCUAAAGGUGAAUGCUGCCCCAUACAUUGCCCUGUGUCCUUUAAAAACUGGUUGGCUGCACAGAACUGCUCUUCAGCUUUCCAUAAAAUCUCUUUUAUGAUGCCAGAAAAUAAGCAGGUGGAUGCCAGCAAUGAAUAAAUGAACUGAACUGAUAGUUGGGUUGUACACAGCACAUUCGGCAGCUUGCAUGUAUAUACUUAUCAGCACAUUUUUCAACCUCAGCUAUAAUAAUUAAAUGCUGAACUGUCUGGUUUCUAGGACAGCAUUAUUAAUGGUUCUACUGCUUUUAAGAUACACAAAUACUUUAUAGUCCUCAUUUCCAUUAUCCAUCCAACAAGUAAGUCAUGAUUAUUUCUACUUUGCAGAUAAAAACCCUGACAUUUUAAAAGUACUGACUAACCCUGCAGAAAAUCUAGUUUGGAAAAGGAACGGGAGGAGAUGGGAGA